CCCUGUUUCACACACUCUUAAAAACUAUUUUCUUGACAGUGUUGCUUAAAAAUCUGAUUCAGUUAUUCUAACAAAAAUACGUAACUUAUUUUCAUCUACGGUGUAAUGUGUAAUGUAUUCAAAUAAAAUAAGAUUACACUUUAAGCAUUAUAACUGUGUCUGUUAUUUAUUGUGUUAUAUGUAUAAGAUUACUACUGUAAGCAGACUUCAUUUCUUUCUUCAGUUUUGGUUCCAACAAGAAUAUAUUCUUGGCAUACACAAUAUACAUGUACAUGUUGAACUGUAGAACGCAUGUAUAUUGUGUGAAUUAUACUAAACAUGAUCAUGAAUACAACAUACAACAUUUUUCCUCAUUUAUCAUAUAUUUCUUUAAUUUGUCAAGUAGUCUUUUGAGAGAGAUCUUCGACAAUGAACCCCAGAAUAUACAGAAACACGGGAUUCAAUAUUAAAUCCGUGGCUCAGAUGAACAGUACUUGACGUCUUUUAACGUCGCUGAAUCGUGUCUGUGUCUUCUAUUGUGUGUGGCAUUAUUAAUUAAAACCCAUCGUAAAUAAAUAAACAAUGGAAGACAAUGUACACGUGACCUUUUAAUCAUUAUCUGCUGGUGCUACGGCAAUUGUGUCUGACCUAUACAUUCCUAUAUAACACACACCUUGGAGAUUCUUUUUUAACUGAACCCAGUCAUCACGAUGUUGGUGGGAGGCUUUUAAACAUUUCCCAAAGACUUGAGUUGCCCUGCAUAGAGGGCCCUAGAGCAGUCUGUGCACUUGAUUAUAUGAAAAAUGGAAGCUCCAAAACGCAUACCAAACGUCGUUGCAAAUUACUCCAGUUUACAUCCAUUGAAAUAUGAACAGCACUGGCGGGAAAAUAUUUCGGACAUUUUACAAGGAAUGCGGAGACUUUUACCUAAAGUUGAUAUCGAUGUUGCAGAAGCUGAAUACACCGAACUCUUGAGAUGUGAGCAUUUGUUGAAAGACCUUUACCCAAGUAAGUACAUUGCACUAAAAAGAAGUCGUAUGGAUAACAGUGAUCCUACUCACCCUUCUGAACACCUUACUGGAGUUUUGUAUCACGUCAUUCAGAAUGCCAAAGAAACUCCCGUCAGCUACAAGAUCCCGGCGGCCCUUAAUGAGCUGGUGUCCCUCAAACUGUCUAAAGGGGUGUUAGAAGAACUGCAAUUCAAGGAACAGGACAAAGAAAGGAAAACUAAGAGAUCCCCAAAAGGUACUCCAGAAAAAGAAAAGAGGAGGUCUAGGAAAGAAAAACAGUCGGACACAGAUGUCAAUCUACAUAGAGAAGAGAGGUCACUAGAAAGGUCGUGUUCUAAAUCCCCAAAUACACUAAAAGAGAACGACUGGACCAUGGUGCCUUUUGAUGAUUAUUUAAAACUAAAGAGUACAAUAGAAUUUCAGAGAUCUAAGAUUGCUGAGCUGACAAAUAGACUGACACAUUCCUUAAAUAUCAAGGAAACCGAUGAAACAAAUUACAUCAGUAAUCCUGACGAUGAAGGUCGUCCAACGCGUCUUGCAGAACGCUUUGCCACUGUUUAUGAAGAAGAAUGGAACGACGCAUUUGAUGCAUUGACAAUGUCUCUUCGAUGGGGGGAAAUGGACGCUAUCUUCCAUUUGCUUAGGAUUGUCAGAUAUAUUUACGAUUAUUGUGAAACAACUGCAAAAGAGCAACUUGAAAUGUUAGAAAAUGUGUUAUACGGACCAAUGAUUCACCCAAAACGACAGUACAAGAAUAACGAUGACUUCCAAUGUCUGCAAGAGGGCCAACAGCUGUUGAUGUCAUCAUGUGCUGCAAGAUGCGCAAAGGACUUUCGGAAAGUUAACGCCGGAGUCUCCGUUCCCGAGCUUUGUGUGGACUUUAAAGAGCAAGUGGUGAGGCACAUUUUCAAAUGGGAUCUUGACCUUUUACCUGCAGCUGUGCUAAAUUUUAUUGACAAAUGUAUGGAGAUAAUUUGGUUCAUGUGUAUUCAGGAACCUCCAAUGGUGAUCACGUGGGCAAAUGAUGGGGAGAGUGUGAACACUAAUUACUACACAUUCUACUCACGGAAGGGAAAAAUCGUGAAACAGCCCGUGUGGCCGGCUGUUUUUCUCCAACAUGGCGGCCCCCUUCUUACACGUGGGGUUGUUGUUCCUGUUUAAAUGACUUCUGUAAAUUAUCACAAGAAUGAAUACUUUUUUCUACCACCUUAGUACAUGUAUUAGUAUACAUGUGGCUAUAUGAUGUUUCUGAAUCAAUGUUAUAAACAUGAUGCUGUGCUA